AUGAUUUCCCCUAGGCAAGGGGAGGGGUCGCUUAUUUCUUUCUUUAAGCCCGUUUGCUGGUAUCUCUCUCCCGUCUCUCAAGAAGAAGCGAACCAGAAGCGAAGGACGCUCCAAAGAAGAAAGAAAGCGAAGGCACAGGCAUGGAGGAUUGCAGGCCAUUGGGGUUCUUGAUAGGGUUGCCCUUCGCUGUGCUGGCAUUGGCCUUGUCUCUCGUUGGUGCCGUCGUUUGGAUCAUUGGGACGAUCUUCAGUUGCCUGUGCCCCUGCUGCGCGUGCUUCGCAGGGCUUGCGAAUCUGGCUGUCGAUCUGAUAAAGCUGCCGGUCAAAGUCAUCAGAUGGUUCAUUGACCAGAUUCCUUGUUGAUUUUUCCUGUUUAUCGUCGAUUUCUGUGGGUGUUCUUCAUUUUUUUUCCCCGAUCUUUUCGAUCUGAUUGAUUACGGAGAGGAUUAGGGAAACUUUGAUUGAUUUAGGUCUUGCGAUUUGUUAUAGUUGAUCCAAUUCGAGAUUUUAUGAUGUAAUCACAAACAAACACAUAUAUUUGAUCGAUUUUACCUUUUAUUUUGUAAUUUUUCAAAUCA